ACAAUAACAACACCACUUCCUUUACCAAAAGGGAGAAAAAAGAGAGAAAGAAAUGGAAUGUUGUUGACAGAAAGUCGUCUUCCCCAUCGCCGGCACGCCGAAACGCCCUUCGCUGUCGCCGCCAAGCUCGCUUCGCCCCCUCCUUCCGCCGAACCACGCCUGGAGAUCUCCCUCGUGGGCAUUCUUUCUCGUCCUCUCUAUUGGUAGCGAGUGAAGACCUACCCGGACGCGAUUCUUCUUCUUGGCUGAAGAAGUAGUGCCAAAUUCUACAUUCGUAUUUGGUAUUAUAUAAGACGGAUUAGUAGUGGAAUGAUCCUUUGGGAGAAUGGAAGGCAAUAACCUGCCACCUGGAAACUUUAUGCAAGGAGCAACUUAUGGCAGUUCAGACUUGCACCGGAAUCCCAUGCAAAUGCACGGUCCAAGCUCCGGUAAUCAGGGCUUCAACCACUCUCAGAUACCUGGCAAAUUCCCCAUGCCUAUGAACCAGGUUACAGAUUCUGACCACUUGUCGGAAUUUCAAUUCAGAGGACAAAGGAAGGCUGAUCACCACCAGGUCCACCACCACCACUAUCACAAGAAGGACUCCAUGAGCGAUGAUGAGGAGCAUGGUCUGAACGAGGAUACCACUGAUAGCCACAGCAGCAAGGGAAAGAAGGGCUCAGCAUGGCAGCGGAUGAAGUGGACGGAUUCAAUGGUUAAGCUUUUAAUUACUGCAGCGUCCUACACUGGUGAGGAUCCAGGAGCUGAUUUAGGAUGUGGAAGGAGGAACUGUGCAAUGGUGCAUAAAAAAGGCAAGUGGAAGGCAAUAUCAAAGGUGAUAGGCGAGCGAGGUUGCAAUGUGUCACCGCAGCAGUGCGAGGAUAAGUUCAAUGACCUCAAUAAGAGAUACAAAAGGCUUACAGAUAUCCUUGGUCAGGGUACAACUUGCAAGGUUGUGGAGAAUCCAGCACUUUUGGAUCGCAUGGAUAAUCUCUCUGACAAGUUGAAAGAUGACGCAAGGAAGAUACUGAGCUCAAGGCACUUAUUCUAUGAGGAGAUGUGCUCCUACCAUAAUAAUAACCGGAUUAGUUUGCCUGAAGAUCUUCCACUUCAGCGUUCACUGCAGUUUGCUCUUAGGUGCAAAGAGGAAAAUGAUAUGAUGAGAGGAGCAAGUGGAGAUGCCGAUGAAGAUGACCAGAGUUCAGACUCUGAUUAUGAGGAAGAUAAUGAUGAGGACCAUCAUGUGGCGCAUAGCAAUAAAGGGGGCUUACCCAUGCAAAAGAAGAUGCGGUAUACAGCGGAUCACGAGGAUGCAGGUUUUGGGAACUCUUUGAGUGCACACGAAUGUAGCCAGAGGUCUAAUCCCCAUGGCAUCGCACUAGAUAUCAACAAAGUUGUUCCAGAUGGAACCAGCUUGGCUUUGACACAGAAGGGCUUAGUAUUGCAAUCUGCAGAACUUGAAAAACAGUGCUUGAAAAUCGAAAAUGAGGCACUGGAGCUUGCAGAACAACGCCUCAAGUGGGAACUAUCCAGUAAAAUUAAGGACAAGGAACUGGAAAGGAUGAGGUCAGAUAACGAACAUAUGAAGAUUGAGAUUAAACGCUUAGAACUGGAGGUAAGGCGCAAAGAGUUAGAGCUUGAACUCAAGCUGAAAGGAAAUGUCAAUCAUUCAUGACAUAUAUUUAGGCGGUCAAGAUUGGCCUGUAAGAUGGUAGCCGAUGGCUUCUGAUGUUAGCGUAGAAUACUGCCAGCAGGUCGCCCGUGCACUUCGCAAGAUCUCGUUUUGCAAGAAUUGGGUAUUUGAUGAGGCUUAUGAUCACCCCUUCAGUUUUUCUGUUUUUAUUGCAAUACAUUCUUUGCUAUAGCGGGCUUGUAGCAGUGACUCUGAGUGGUAAUUGAGUGGAUGGCUUGCGUUUGCUUACAAUAGAUAUCAAAUGUAAAGCCCCAAGAGCUCGUUAUAUGCUGCCAAUUGCUGUCGUAAGUUUUAUCUGGAUUUUGGUAAAACAGGUUCGGAUUGUUCAUCAAGAAUCCAAGUUGUAGUCAAAUUAAUAAUUCGAUUCAAUUUCAGAGAUUGAACUGGAA